UUGGGCUUGAAGAUGCUCACUUUCCGUGCGUCGGGGCGUCGCGCAUGACGCUGCGGCUGCCCAACUUUUUGAGCGGCCACAAAUGGAAGCGCACGGACGACGAGCUGCGUGUCUCGACCGUCUCGUCGUCGUCGGCGUCGUCCAUGACUAGUUGUCGCCGGCUCUCGCAGCUCCACUUGCUCUCGGGGCACCCGAUUCGCCUCGACUCGUUCCGGCGACAGCACCCGGCGCUGCAAGCCGAUACGAUGUACACCAAGUGUCGGCGCCGGGACACGAGUGACUCGGACGAUGACGACUUGAUGCCGCUGGAUCUCUGGGACGACGACGACGCGAACCAUACACCGCACCCGUCGGUGCAGUGCUACGCCGUGUUGCACGAGUUUGUAGCGACCGAGAUGGCCUACUUUAGCGCACUCGAAGCCAUGAAGCGCGUCUUCGACAAGGUGUUUCACGCUGCGUUCGACCACCCGGCGCUCACUACUUUAUAUGCAACGACCAUGUCGCUCCACGCGCUCCACGGCGAGUUUGUCGCGUCGCUACCGACCUUGGCCGACCGCGUCCAAGACCAUUUACUGGAAGCGCACAGCCACGACAUCAUACAGGCGCUGCGUCGACGCCUUCCGUUCUUCAAGCUCUACUCGCAUUAUUGCUCUGCGUACAAGGAGGUGACGACGCUCCUCCAAGUGCGGCCCGUCACGCGCGUCGCGCCCGAGUGCCAAGCGUUCGUCGUCCAGCUCUGCCACGCGUCGCGGUCGCUCCAGGUCGACAUGCAGUCGGAAAUGAUCAAGCCCGUCCAGCGGUUGUGUCGGUACCCGCUCUUGAUCCGCGAGUGGCUCUCGUUUGCGCCACCGUCGCUGUCAGGGCCGCUCCAAGACCUCCUCGUGGACGUCAAGGACGUCGCCGCCCUCGUCAACGAACGCGUGCGCGCCGAGCAAAACAACCUCAAGCUCUUUGAACUGAGAUCGCGACUCGUGGGCCCUCGCUGCCCCGAGUUGUGUCUCCCGACCCGCCACCUUCUCGGCGACUGCCACCUUUACGUGGUGUCGACCCUGUCGCUGGCGCCGUGGGCGUUCUGGGUCGCCCGACCACGAACGUUGAUUGUCCUCUCCGACAUGCUCUUGGUCGCCAAGCCGAUGCGCAAGCAGCGUGUCAAGGUGCGCAAGCAAUUUGCGUGGAGCCAACUCGCGCUGGACGAAAUCGACGUGCAGAAACACCCGUCGUGGGAUGCCAACACGAGCUUCUUGCUGCGCGCGCAGCGCUUUGACGGACAAUGGCAUACGAUGCUUCUCAAGUGUGGCAAUGCGAAAAGCAAGCGCGAGGUGCUCACGCUGCUUCGAUCGGCCAUGGCACACCACGCCAAACCACCAUCGCUGUCGACAGCAGCCUAUGCGUCCGUGAGUGCUGUCUAGUAGGAUAGCACCUAGUCUGUACGAAACUUCAAUCGCUACCUUUCGGUCAAAACCGCGG